AUGGAGUGGACGAGCAGAGUCAUGAGUCCAGAGCAGCGCCUGGGAGGAGAGAGCGAGCUUGCAAGGGUGGUAUGGUGGCAAAGAAGCAUCAACAGAAAAUUGGCAAGCAAAAAAAAUGUACGCAGGUACCGCAUGGUGAGAGGAAUGUUCUACGCGAUCGGCGUAAUGAAAGACGACAUGGACACUUACCUUAGUCGUCUCAUGAAUGAUAAUGUUAACCCUGAUAGCCUCUUUGACGAUGAGUAUUACCUGUUUGCUGGUGAAGACCACACACACAUCCUGAAGCACGCCGCAAAUUGCGAUCACUGCAAGGCCAAGAAGUUUGUGUCUGAGGCCCCGAGAUUCUGCUGUCGCAGUGGGCAGAUCCAGCUGAAGCAACCGGAGCCCGUCCCGGAGCUAAUGAGGCUUUGGUCUAGCAUGGAUGCGGACUCAAGGCAUUUUCGGGAGAACAUACGGUUCUUCAACGGCCACUUCUCCUUCACAACCCUCGGCGUCAGCCUUGAUGAAAGCUACACAAACAUGAAGUCUGGGGUGUACACGUUCCGGGCGCACGGCACCAUCUACCACAACGUUCAUUCCUUCGGGCCAACAUCACGUCCAGAUCAUCUACAGUUGUACUUCUACGACGACGACCCAGGCCUAACCCAUCGCAAGGCUGCCACCGAGCAAUUAGACCAAGAUGUCGUCAGAAAGUUAGUGGACAUACUCAGGGAAAACCCGUACUCCCAGCAGUUUAGGAGUUUGGGUGCGCACAGGGACAACCUCGACGAUUACAGGAUAGACCUCAACACUGACCAGAGACUAGACCAACGGAAGUAUAAUAGACCUCUGUCAUCUGAGGUCGCUGCAAUUUGGGUGGAGGGCACUGACCUAGCAAAGAGGUUCGAUCGUAGGAUUACACUUUGCGGGAAUGACAACCAGAGGCACAGUAUACAUGUGACGGCUGGCUCAUAUGACCCUCUCUCUUACCCACUCUUCUACCCAAGGGGGGAGCUCAGUUGGCACCCGAAACUUCCUAAACGUGAUGUCCCUUGGCCGGUUGUGCAACAACCAAGAGGUAGAGGUGAUGAUGAUGAUGAUGAUGAGGAUGCAGAGGGGAAUAGCAGGUUAUGCGUCUCGGUGAGAGACUACUACUGUUACAUGCUCCAGACACGACCUGGGAUAUUCAAUCCCAUACUCUGUGGAGCACGAUUGCUCCAGCAAUGGGGGGUGGACAUGUACAUCAAGAUUGAGAGUUGUAGGUUGAAAUGGUACAGGAAGAACCAGACAAAGAUCCGUGCCGACCUGUAUAAAGGAGUUGUUGAUGCAAUUACAUCCGGGGAGACCCGGGCAAGCGCUGUUGGAGUAAGGAUAGUGCUACCUGGAACGUACCUAGGUGGCGACCGCGACAUGAAGCGGAGGCAUAUGGAUGCCAUGGCAAUUGUCCAUACCUACGGGAAGCCUGACAUCUUCUUGACCAUGACCUGCAACCCUAACUAG